GAGUUGGUCACACACGGCCAGAGGGCUGCAGUAGUUGAGUCUGUCAAGGUGGUGCCACUGUCUAGGGAGAAUGUCAAAGGGAGAGCAGCAAGACCUGGUGGCUAUUAAAGAACUAGAGUCAAUCCUGGAGUCCUGCAAGCUUGAUCUGACACCACUAGAUGAGGUCUGGCCUAAUCUCUACAUCGGAAACGUGGCCAUAGCUCAGAACAGGGGUGCAUUAAAGAAGCUUGGUAUCACACACAUCCUGAACGCAGCUCACUUUAAGCAGGGCAGCAUCGGUGACCAGGAUUACUAUGGAAACACCUGUGUGUACUGUGGCUUCCCUACAGAAGACUCAUCCCAUUUUGACCUCAGCCAGUACUUUAAACCUGCAGCUGACUUCAUACAUAAGGCCCUGAAGACUAAAGAUGGGAAGGUGUUGGUGCAUUGCAUCAUGGGUAUAAGUCGUUCCGCCACGCUGGUGCUGGCGUUCCUGAUGAUGCACUGUCAUCUGCCACUUCGCACCGCGCUCAAACAUGUGACCCAGCGACGCGCCAUCUACCCCAACAGACACUUCCUGUCACUACUGCUCACCCUCGACACACAGCUCACACGCAAGAGGAGACUAUGUCCUCUUCUCUGACAGCCCUUCUUUCAUCCCUCUCUCCUCCCAUCCCUCGCUCGUCUCACCUCAUCCGUCUCCCCUCUUAUCUAUCUAUCCAUCUCACACACAAUCCUUUAUACUGGUUGAAAAUAUGUAGUUGUAGGACUUUUACAGUAGGUACAAACUGGUAUUAAAGC